AUGAUUAUUUCCAGCCGACCACCGGUCAAGUCCUCGUCCGCCGGAGCCAUGUGCACGUUGGAGAAGAGGGGCAGUAUUUUCUAUUUAACCUUGACCGGUGAAGAUGAGCACUGUUUAAACCCGCUUCUCAUCGGCUCCAUCAGGUCGGUUUUAGCUCAAGUCAAGUCCCAAACCACCCGAGGGUCCGUUCUCAUCACCUCGGCUCAUGGCAAGUUCUUCUCAAAUGGCAUUGACCUCAGGUAUGCUAUGGCUGCCGGAUCAUAUCAAGCGGCAAAAGAUCGAAUAAUGUACAUGGUGGACAUAUUUAAGUCAUUAGUGGCCGAUUUCAUAUCGCUGCCCAUGCCUACAAUCGCUGCCCUAACCGGCCACGCGGCCGGAUGCGGCUUACUGUUGGCAAUGAGCCAUGACUACAUUACAAUGAGGUCGGAAAAGGCGGUGUUAUACAUGAGCGAAUUAGACCUAGGAUCCAGUUUGCCAGACUGUUACACGAGCCUUACGGUUAUGUUUAGGUCAAAACUCGGGUCGCCCUCGGCUCGCAGGGCAUUACUGUUGAGGGCUGCAAAAGUGAGGGGAAAAGAGGCGCUGGAAAUGGGAAUAGUAGACUCGGUGCAUGGGAAUGAGGAAGAGACUAUGAAAGCUGCAAAGGGUUUGGGAGAGGAAUUGGCUAAGAAGAAAUGGGAAGGUAAUGUUUAUGCGGAAAUUAGGAAGGCAUUGUAUCCUGACUUAUGUAGAAUUUUGGGAUUGAAAAAUUUAGAAGUGUUGCCUUCACGGAUUUGA